AUGGCCGAUCCCGCCUCCAAUGGCUGGCCUGCUGGAAAGGUCUUUGAUGCUGCAACGCAAAGUUUCACCUAUGAUGACUUGGUCUUCAUGCCAGGACUCCCCAACUUCGAAUCAUCAGAGGUGGACCUCUCGGGGCACGUGACGAAGAACCUCAAGCUGCGAUGCCCGGUGCUGGGGAGCCCCUCGGACACGGUCACGGGACCCAAGAUGGCCAUCGAGCUGGCCUUGCAUGGUGCUAUGGGCAUCAUUCAUGCCAACCAAAGUGUGGAAAGCCAGGUGAAUAUGGUACAGGCGGUGAAGCGCUUUGUGAGUGGAUUCAUUCUGGAGCCCUUCGUGAUGAGCCCGACUCAGACAUUGGCAGAUCUUGACAAGCUAAAGGAGACCAAAGGAGUAUCCUCAGUUCCUAUUACCCAUGAUGGCCGGUUGGGAGGUCGUUUGGUUGGAAUCGUGACAGCUCGUGAUACCGAUCUAUGUGAAGAUCGGAGUGAAUGUUUAUGUACCGUGAUGACUGAGAACAUCGUGACGGCCAAAGAGCCCUUGGCUUUUGCUGAAGCCAUCGAUAUUUUGAAGAGAGAGAAGGUGGGAAAGCUGCUCAUUCUGGAUGCCCAAGAUCGUUUGGUCUCGAUGGUCACACGCAGUGAUUUGAAAAAGGUCCGCGACUACCCGGAGAUGUCGCGAGAUCUAUCAGGUAAGCUCUUGGUAGGUGCAGCAGUACCUGCGAAGGAAGGUCAACCAGAUGAAGCACGCGCCAAUGCCUUGGCGGAGGCUGGAGCCAACUUACUUUAUCUCUUCGGAGAUGGUGUGGAUGCACAGCUCGAGCUGAUCCAGCGCCUGAAGGUCAAGUAUCCCUCGGUGGAGCUGCUGGCGGGUCCAGCGGCCUCAGUCCGCGAGGCCAAGCGCCUGGUCCAGGCGGGCUCCGAUGGCGUGGUGGCGGGCACCGGCUGCGACGUGGGAGGCGACGUGGAGGCGCCCAAGGCGGUGGCCUUGGGACGAGGAGAAGCGACCAUGGUCUAUGAGGUGGCCUUCUACGUGACCCGCAACUUCGCUCUUCCGGUCUGUGCCGCUGGGGUGCGAAGUAGCGCACAGGCCUUGGUCGCCAUGGGCCUAGGUGCCUCCAGCGUGAUUCUGCGCGAACCCUUGGCGGGUGCCACGGAGGCGCCCACCGGCGGCACCGCCGCGCCGCCGUUGCACCACCCACACAGCCUGGUCUCGGCCACGGGCGUCCGCUAUGGCUCCAGCCGCGCCUGGGAGCGGCAGGUGACGGUGCCGCGGAGCGUGGCGAUGCAGGUGCCGCAUCGAAGCCAGGUCAAGGCCUUCUUGAUGUACUUCUUCUCGGGCCUGCAGAAGGGCUUUCGACAGAUUGGCUUUCGGAACCUGCAGGAGCUUCAUGUUGCCUUGGAAAAAGAGGCCCUGCGGAUGGAAUGCCGACUGCCCUAUGGCCUUCAGCUUAGAGAAGCUUGCAUUCAAGCGAAGCGGAACUCUGAGUUUCCCUUGGUGGCGCCAGCCUGGUCAUCGUUGCGGUAG